CAACACCGCAAAAGAAAAGAAAAAAAGGGAAAGAAAUGUCUGAGACAAUGUUCAUUGGCGCGAGAUUUCUGCUUCCACAGUAUGCGAGUUGUAUGACCCGUCUCGCGUCAACUAACGCGAAGGUCUAAAACGCGAGUCUUCUGCUUCGCUCUGCCGCCAAAACCCACGUUCUCUCGGGCUCAAUGCACAAGCUCUUCGCAACAAGUCGUCGGCAUCUGAAAGAAAAUCACUUCGCCAACCUCAGAUUCGCCAUUACCUCCGCCCGUUCCCGCCAGUACACCAAAACCCCGAACCCCAACUCCGACCUCGACUUCCCCGGGAACGAUGCGCUUGGGGUGCUCGAGUCUUCGAAACCCAUCAACCCAACUCCCCAGUUCGUUCUGGGGAUGGAGAAUGAUUUCCAUCGGACAGAGCCCUCUAAGUCGUCGUCGAAUCCAUCGGCGGCGGCGGCGGCGGCCGCUCGGAUUUCGCAUCCGUGGCCCGAGUGGGCGGAUUUGAUGGUGCUCCUGCUGAAAGGAGGUUACUUUGAUGCGGAGGGAAACCCGUUCCAGAAUGCGGAGUUGGGUCCGAAAGAAUCGAAUCACAUUCGAACCGCGUGCCUGAAUUUCGCCCGGGACAGAUACGACGUUAUGAGGUAUUUGUCAAAGAAACAUAUUCAGGUCAUAGCAGAGUGUGGAUGCCCCAGCACAGACAGAAAAGUGGUGAACUCUGGUAAGCGCUUAAGGGCACAUGUGGGCAUCGAUGAGGGUAAUGUUUGCAGCUCCUGCAACUUGAGGGGAAACUGUGAGAGAGCAUUUGUGAAGGCGCGUGAAGAUGAAGGAGGGCGCACGGUUGAUGCUAUGCGAAUCUUGUUAACAUACGGACUUGACCCCAUAAGCGAUACUGUGGAGAAUAAACCAUGUCUGACAAGAACAGUCAAGGAAUCAGUCAGAGCACUGCUAAAGCAAAUGGCAGAGUAUGGCACCAAUGUACUUGGCUCCGAUUUGUCAAAGCCCACACCAGCUGGUGAUGAUCGAUCCUGGCAUUCAAGUUCGGAAGAGAAAGGCCACAAAGAUGUUCCAAUGAAACAAGGAGAUUGGCAUUGCCCCAAGUGCAAUUUCUUAAACUUUGCUAAGAACAUCAAAUGCUUGCGAUGUGAUACUUUUUCUCAAGAAAGACUGAAUCAACUACAGGAAGACCAAGAUCAUCUUCCGCUAAAGAAAGGAGACUGGAUAUGUGACAAAUGCAAUUUCUUAAAUUUUGCAAAGAAUACUAGAUGUUUACAGUGCAAAGAGAAACCCCCGAAAAGGCAGCUCAAUCCCGGGGAGUGGGAGUGUGAAUCAUGCAACUACAUCAACUUUAGAAGGAAUAUGGUAUGCUUGAAGUGUGAUUAUAGAAGGCCUAAAGCAUCAAAUUCAAAUGGCUCUUCUCAAUGGGAGCAUGAUGUUGGAAGUCAUCAUCGAGGUCAUGGAGCUGUUGAAGAUAGAAAUUCUAUGUGUUCUCCGAGAAGAAAUAGUCAAAUACGAGUUGCAAAUAGGUGGAGAUUUGUGGAUGAAGAGAACGGGGUCGCUGAGAAACCGAAGUUGACAAACUCAUUGAACAAUGUUUCUGGAAUUCUUGAUUUUCCAAUUGCAGGAGGCCUGAGUGAUUUGUCUCGCGACACAGAAAAGAGGGAAACAUGGAAGCUGAAGAUGCUGGAAAGAAGUAGAAUGGCCACAGAGGAAAAGGCAAAUCCAGACGAGCCACGCUCAUCCAGAAUUUAUAGGAAGUCAGAAUCACCAGACUUUGAGGACGAUGAAGAAAUGGCCGAUUGGUUUGGGGGUGGAAAGACGUGAGUAGAGUUGUCUGUACAUGUAAUCGAGAAGAAUCAGAUUCAUGUUUUUGAGGAUACUGCCUUCUUUUUUCCAGUGGACAGUGAACUAUUCAUCUCGUGCAUUCCCGCUGUUGAGUUGCCAUGUCUGUGUAUGGUUCAGUCUCCGGAAUCAGUUUAGUAAACAAACUUCGCACAAGUUACUGUCACACACGGAAUAUGCAAACAAUUAACCACUAUAAGAACAACAACAACACAAGGUUUAGUAGAGUUUAGGGGAAGAAUCCAGUAUUUAUUUCAGUAUUACAAGGAAGCAUCUUAUUCUUUAUCACCUUUUUUGACCUAUGCACCUCUCAAUCAUGCCCUGAAGUAAUUUAUUAAACUUUUCCCGUCCAACUCCUUUGUAAAGAAUCUUGUCAUGUAUUCGCUGAAGGUGAACUGCCGGAAAGCAGCGGGUUUAUCCGAGGAUACGAGCUCCGGUAAUGGUCCAAACUGAUUCUCUCGAUCGCUCGGGUUGCAGAAAACCGCUAUCGACACACGUGGCUCUCGGCUAGGGUUGGCCAACACCCGGUGGUCCACGCUUUUGUACUCGUCAUUGGACAAGAUCUGGAAGAAUCAAAAGCACGUAAAUA